AUGAAAUUCAUUAUUCUCUCUGCAUUCCUCGUAGUCACUUUCGCUGUGCGAUGUUGGGUUGAGGUUGCAAAGAAUGGAGAGUCACACUCGCAUGAUGGACUAACGCUAGAACAAGCGGAGUGUGGAGACGAUUGCCGUUACUGUGGAAAAAUCACUUGGAAGGAGAACGGGAAACACAUGUCGGCUUGGGGCUGUGGUUGUGGAACGUCGAGCACCACUUUGCUCGUCGAGAUAGAUGGGAAAAUGUGUAACAAAAAGGGCAAAACAACGGCGAUGAAGGACACACAAAAAGUGGACCUGUUGUGCUGUGAAGGGGAUAAUUGCAAUUCGGCUGACUCGUCGAUCGUCUCAGCUGCAGCUCUUUUCCUGCUUGGAAUCGCUCACUUUCUGCUG